AUGUCCGAGUACAGCAACGUAAAAUCGGGCACCCUGAAGCUGAAGGGCAAGAAAAAUAUAUUCCGCGUCAAGUCAAAAAAAUCGGGCAAGGGUGACGCCGAAGCGCUCGUGGAUCAUGAUGCGAUUGAACACGGAGGAUGGUGGCUGAUUCGUGAAGACGUGGAUUUGAAGGGCGGCAUUCACGUGUCGCUGGAGGUGGGCGCCUCGAAGGGCUGCUACCUGGCCGCCAUGGACAACGGCAAGUUCACCAUCGGGGCGCCGCACCCGGACGGCGAGCCGCCGAACCCGGAAGAGGUGUUCGCCUUCAUCAGAACGUCGGAUGAGCAAAAAUUCAGUUUAAAGACCGGCUUCGGCAAGUACAUUGGCGUGGACACGGCUGGACAACUCAUCGCGACAGCCGAAGCUAUUGGAGCCCGCGAGCGGUUUAUUGCCGUUUUUCAGGAUGGCAAAUCCGCCGUGCAGUCAGUGAUGAACCCGCUGUUUUUGACGAUGAUGCCGGAUCGUGAGGGCUACAUCUUUGUCGCUAGUCGCACGGCCGGAGAUAACGAGAUUGUCAAUAUCCGUACAGACGCCGAGAAGCAGAAACCGAUCGACUACAUCCCCGACGAUGACCGGAAAAGCGCUGGGGAGUGCGAGACGUCAUACGUCAAAAUGUUCCAGCACUCGAAGGUGGACCUGAAGAAUAGGAUGGUUUCAGUCGACGUCAACGACAAGAAGGGUGUCAAACGUGCCCAACGUGAUGGUGACCUGCACGAACAUCUGCUGGAGAGGCGGAAAAAGACGAAAAGUGAUCGAUAUUGU